AUGGCCCUGGUCGAUUAUGUGUCGUCCGACGAAGAUGAUGUGGUAGAUGAAGACCUUCCUCAUGACAAUAAACUCAAUCAACACAAAAGUGAAGAUGAUGAAAAGAAUGUCGCCACCAAAACUUUCAAUUCAAAUAAUUUAAAGCGAAAGCGAGACAUUCCUUCAUCCUCGUCAAAUUUACCUCCACUGCCCUCCAAAUUUCAUGAUCUUUAUGCCUCAACCGUGAGGAACAGUACAAGAGAUGAUCCAAGCUUACAUGGAGGAAGAAAAAGAGUGACUCCUCAUAUCGAGGGUAAUUGGCCAACACAUAUUUAUAUUGAGUGGUAUCCUUCGACUAUAGAAUUUGAUCUGAUAUCAUCCUUGAUCUCAAAAGUUGAGUCGUUCAAAACCCACGACAUUCAAACAUUUUUAUCGAAUGAUCUUGGGGUUCCUCUUCCCUUACAUGUCAGUCUUUCACGAUCAAUUGGCUUUUCCAGAGAGGUUAAAGAUACCUUCUUGACUGCAUUCGAACAAGUCAUAAAGUCUUCCGGAGUGCGUCCUUUUGAGAUGGCUUUCUCUGGAUUAGCGUGGGUGCCAAAUUAUGAAAAGACUCGAUGGUUUUUGGUUCUCCGCGUCAAUACACCGGAAAGCAAUGCCUUGAACAAAUUACUUCACGUGAGUAAUAAAGUUGUGGAAGAAUUUGGACAACCGCCCCUAUACGCAAAUUCUAGAACAAUUGUAAAUGGUCAACAAGUAGCAAAAGGUGCUCACCAUUCUCAACAUGGCAAAUCUUUCAGGGGCAAGACACAGCAAAAAAAAGACGUUUUCGAUGAUAUGGCUGAUUUAUCAGACGCAUUUCAUAUUAGCAUUGCGUGGACACUAUUGCCUCCGGACCAAGAACUUAUUGAAGCUACUGAGCGAUUGACAGCCAAGGAGUUGAUGAAAGUAAAGCAGAUUCAAGUAAAGACAGAGGAAGUCAAAGCAAAGAUUGGUAAUGUUGUUACCAACGUGCCCCUUCCUGUGGGUAUUACGGAAGGCAAAAGCCUGUUCGGGUUGUGA